AUGGCGAAAGCUCGCCGGUCCUCGGGACAGCUGUCAGCAGAGUCCCCUUCAAGCUUCGCCCCAAUGGUGAAGAAAGGAGGCUCCAAAAAGCCCGUCGCGAACGUGGGCCGCUCCUUGUUUGAACGAGCACGAAAACAUCUCACGCGGGAACCCCGUCCCUUUGAGAUCCGGUUCAUCCAUCCGGUUCUCAAGACCAACCACACGGCAAACCCAUGCAUCAGAUGCGAUUCGGUGGGAGGGCACAAGCCGAUUGGACCGCCGGAGUCGCGUGGAAAUGUGGUAGCCUCAAUCAUCAUCCUUCGGCACAAUUCCGCCGCAGACAUCGUGAUGGUGCACAUGCCUCAAGGCGAAGCUACAUCAGGACUGCGUUUAUUACCCGUAACACCCGAGAUAUUGGGGCGAGAUUCAGCCGGGGACGGCCAAAUGCUCGUCACCAACCUGCACAGCAACAGAAGACUCCAAUCACACGAGCUAAUCCAAGUCUGGCUGGCGGCCGGCUGUUCCGUUGAAGCAAGAAGCGCGUCCCUAAGGCCCACCUGCCUGUCGCCUUCCCUCUAA